AUGCCCAGAUGGACUGUAGCACUGAGACUUAGGCGCAUUACUGUCGCUUCAAAACUCCCGCGCCAAACGUCCCAUGAAAGAUUCUACAGUAGCAGUCCCCCAUUUGAGCCUUCGAUAGAACGCUAUACCGUUCCUUGCGCCUCUUCUGGUGAAAUUACCGUCAGUCUGUACAAUGUCGCUGACCGGCCACCAACCGAUCCCUUAAUCAUCUGGAUCCCCCCCUUUGCUGCUCGGGACGAGACUGACCCGAACUAUCAUCUCCCAUCAUGGCUUCACACAUAUUCGGCCGCUGUCAUUCACUAUAGAUGGUCUGGCUUAUACGACGACAGACCACAGCCAAAACUCAAGCCAAAGAUUGCAGACAUAACCCCCUUCCACUGGCCCACCCCUAUCCACGACGUCCUCUUUGGCUACUCCUGGAUUACCCAAAACCUUCAACCAAGAUACCCCCAACGCAAAGACGUCUACAUCUGCGGUUCCUACCUGGGCGCCAGUCUGGCCGCCGGCCUGGCCCUCACCGAGUCGUACCCGCACGCACGCAUGGCCGUACGCGGUCUCCUCGCCUACAACGGCAUCUACGACUGGACCACUUUCUUGCCUGAUCACCCGAUCCACCGGCCCAAGGGCGACGACCGCAUCCUCAUUGAGGAGCAGCUGCACAAGCUGAACCGCGACCUCGACAAAGAUGCAGGACCGGCUGCCACCUCUCCCAUCAUUGCCCAUUAUCAGCGUCGGCUCGAAGACCUCUUUGGCUCGCCGUCGGGACUGUUUGACAGCUUUGCUAGCGCUUGUCUGUUUUUCCACACAGCGGGACUUUUUGUUCCGACGACUUUUGAUGAGAACGGCGACAUCAACGUCCCCGCGGACGUCCACAGCGAACCCCACGACCCAUUGACUUCCCCCUCUACUCCUCCUCCUCACCAACCUCCGCCGCCCCUCCCAGCCAGCCAAAACCCCACCGAUGACCUCGACCCCGACAACUCGGAGCACUCGGAGCACUACCGUAUGCACAUGUCGAUGGUCAACGACGCCGAAGGCGAGCCGGACGAGGUAGCGGCCGAAGACAUGCUCCAGCAAACUCUCAAGGUAGAGAUUCUACCUGGCAAGUUCCCACGUAAGAGCUAUGUGCAUUUCCCGCCGAGGCACUCCAUGCUUAAGCUCCCGGAUACGUUGUUGCUGUAUGAGACGCCGUCGGCGGAGUUGCCGUUCAAGGAAAGAAGAAAUCCCGUCCUCAACAGCUUCCGCACGCAAGCGUACGAACUGGCGCUGCUGAUGCAGCGGAGCAUUGAGAUGUUGGAACUCAAAGAGCGGCGGAAGUGGGACGAGGAUUACCUGAUCGACCUCCACCAUUGGGAGCUGGAGGCGGCGAGGAGGGUCAAGGUGGCGGACGUG